UUGCAGAGACCUGAAUAAUACCCGGCGCCUUGAUUCUCCUUCAACUUCAGUUUCGGCUUCAAGUUCUGCUCAACUUCAAGUUCUCCUUCAACUCCCUCUUCUGCUUCAAGUUCUCCUUCAACUCCCUCUUCUGCUUCAUUUUCUGUUUCAGAUUCUGUCUGCGUGGGCCAGGCUGCCCGAUUGGACAUCAUGAGCCUCCCCACACUUGUGGUGGCAUUGGCGCUGACGUUGUGCGCCUGGAUUACGCUUUGUGGAGACAUUUCGUGCGAUUCCGGAUGGGAGGUGUUCGGCUCCAGCUGCUACAAGAAGAUGCCAGCCACCAACGGUUGGCUGGGGGCCCGUUUACACUGCGCCCUGGAGGGCGGCGACCUGGUCUCCUUCAACUCAUUGGCCGAGGAAGAUUUUGUGAAGGGCAAAAUGGGGGUGGACCCGUUCUGGAUCGGACUCUCCAACCUGGAAUGCGGCCAUAAGUUGUGUCAUCGAAUGUCAGGCAAGGAGCCGAAAUGGUCCGACGACACGCCGCUGAUCUACAGCAACUGGUAUGCCGGUCAAGCCGUAAGCACCACAUCGGAGUCCUGCGCCUACGCUGAUUCCAACCAGUGGGACAAGUGGAGAACCGGCUUGUGCGAGUCCUCCCUGGCGUACAUAUGCAAACGCUCGCCCGACGGCUGCCCGGACGGACAACCGUGCUCCAAGAAGGCCGACCGUUUGGCUCUCUCUCCGGUGCAAACUUCCGCCUGCGACCCCGGCUACUUGCUCUACGGCCCUUUUUGCUACCGCUACUUCUUGGAGACCAAAAAAAUUUGGCAGGCAGCUGAGGAUGACUGCGUCGCACGGGGAGGUCACCUGGCAAGCGUCCACUCGCAUGAAGACAGCAAAUGGAUGCUGGGCCGCGCGCCGUCACCACCGGGCACUUUUUGUUUCCAUGCUUGUUCUCAUUUGCGCUCCCUUGCAGCCAAGUCCACCAGUCCUCCUCCGCCGCUCCCAGCCUGGAGCGACAAAUGCGGCUGGGAGUGGCUGGACAACCCCGCCAACGACUUCUGCUACCUGAUGAGAGGGAACCAGCUCAAAAGCUGGAAGGAGGCGCGCGACGACUGCAACCGCCACGAUGCCCAUCUGCUCAGUAUCACGGACUCUCACGAGCAGGCCUUUGUGCACGGUCACAGCAAGGCCGUGCUCACCACUCCCUCGCUGUGGCUGGACGCCGACGCCCCCUUCGCCGAGAGCGGCGGCCGGUGGGCCGACGGCUCCCCGUUCAGCUACGUCCACCUGAGCGCCGGUCACCAUGGCGACAAAGUUGGGGGACGCUGCCUUUCCUUUCUCAUUGACAACGGCGACUGGAAAUUUGACGUGUGCGAGAUCAAGAGAGGCUACAUCUGCAAGAGCAGAGACAUUUCGUCCGAUUCCGGAUGGGAGGUGUUCGGCUCCAGCUGCUACAAGAAGAUGCCAGCCACCAACGGUUGGCUGGGGGCCCGUUUACACUGCGCCCUGGAGGGCGGCGACCUGGUCUCCUUCAACUCAUUGGCCGAGGAAGAUUUUGUGAAGGGCAAAAUGGGGGUGGACCCGUUCUGGAUCGGGCUCUCCAACCUGGAAUGCGGCCAUAAGUUGUGUCAUCGAAUGUCAGGCAAGGAGCCGAAAUGGUCCGACAACACGCCGCUGAUCUACAGCAACUGGGAUGCCGGUCAAGCCGUAAGCACCACAUCGGAGUCCUGCGCCUACGUCAAGCGAAAAGCAUAUGUUUCCGACCAGUGCGACAAGUGGAGAACCGGCUUGUGCGAGUCCUCCCUGGCGUACAUAUGCAAACGCUCGCCCGACGGCUGCCCGGACGGACAACCGUGUUCCAAGAAGGCUGACCGUUUGGCUCUCUCUCCGGUGCAAACUUCCGCCUGCGACCCCGGCUACUUGCUCUACGGCCCUUUUUGCUACCGCUACUUCUUGGAGGCCCAUAAGUCUUGGCAGGCAGCUGAGGAUGACUGCGUCGCACGGGGAGGUCACCUGGCAAGCGUCCACUCGCAUGAAGACGGCAAAUGGAUGCUGGGUGAGCACCAAGGGCCACCAUGA